GUUGAUAGAGAGAAAAUUAAGGAAAAGUUGUUCCUACUUCAUGUGGGAAGCAAGAAGAUUAAGAAUACGAAAUAAGUAUCGAUAUAAAAGAAGGAAAUUUGGCUUGAAACUUAAUAAAUCGAUCGAGCUUUCUUCAGAAGAAAGUAGGAAGAAUAGUUUUAAAGAAGAUAACGAUUAUGGUUACAUGAAGAUGAUCUCCCAUCUCCCUCCAAUCAAAAGUAGAAAGCUGGACUUAGAUCUCAAAGAAGAUAGAAAUAAAAAGCAAACCAAGAGAUACAAUUCAUUAAUUAGAAGCGAUGAAUCUCCUUUUGAAAAUGAUUCGAAAAUGCUAAUAUCUACAUAUUUCAAAACUAGCUCUGGAAAUGGAAGAAAUGAUGCUGAAGAUAAGAGUCUUUCAGCCUCCUCAUCAGGAAUCAAAAUAAGUAGACUUCUAGACAAAGCAAAUCGAGUGAUUAAUAAAUACCAAAGCAUUGACAUCAGAGACAUUCCUCAAAAAACUUUGAGAAUGGAUCAAGAUUAUCAAGACGAAGACUAUGAUUAUGGUGAAGAUUAUUAUGUCCCAUAUCCAAAGAGAAGACAACUUCAUUAUUAUCUCAAGAUUAAACAGAGGAUAAAAGAAAAAAAAUCCCAACUUGAUCGUGAAAGUGGGUCAAGAAGAACAAGUAUAUUUGCUGAAGAAAGUGAUGAUGAGGAGAGCGUUAAUACAUCAAUAGCGCCAAUGAAGCAAGAAACAAUACAAGAAGUUGACUCUUCAAUAUUUGGCACUAUCUUUGCUCCGAAUGAAAAGAAAAUUAGUGAAGUUGAUUCAAGACAUGAAGCAAGCUCUCCUUCCCGUAUUCAGUCUCCAAAAUUAGAUGUUCAGCAAAUGGAAACUAUAGAUGAGGAAAAUAGGAAAAUCAUCAAAAUUUUCAAAUACAUUAACGUUGAUGAAGCAAAAUCAAAGUUUACAAAAUCUCUGUUUGACCCAAAAGCUCCACUAGAUUUAGAUAUCCUUACAGAUGAGAAGAUCUUCAUAAUGCUCCAGGAUGGGCUUACUGACAAGCAAAUUCAAUGGAUUAAGAAAAAUAGAGAUAUAUUAAUAGAAAAAGCUAAGCAAAAGAAAGCCAGAAUGAAUCCACUUGAAAGCUCUCACUCUAAAAGUUUAGAAGAGAUUCCAUCUGAAGAGAUGAUUAGUCUCAACCUAAAACAGAUAAAUCCUUCUCAAGAUUUUUCAGAGUUUAGAAGAAGUAAUAAACUGAGGAAAGUCAAACUAAAGUCCCAAGACAAAAACAUCAAGAUAAUCUGAGCUAACCUAGAAAAGGAGAGACUAAUGAAAGAGAAAUAGGUUCAGUCUUGAACAAAAACUUCGGGAAAAAGAACAAAACUCUGUGAGAUUUAGCGUCGAAAACAUAAAGCACACUACAGAUAUGUACAUUACCAAGACUUUCCUCAAUGUCUAUCUGAGAAGCAUCGACCAAAAGUUUAGACUAAAGAAAAGGGUAAUGGCAAACACCUCCAAACUUGGAAAGAGAAUAUGCUGGAUCCUCAAAGCAGUAGGCAUGUUUCUCCUCAAACUCAGAAAUAUUAGGAUAAGAAUUGCUAAAAAGAAAAUUGAAAACUUUGUCAGAAGAUUUUGCAGAAGAUGGCUUGAAAAACGAAGAGAACAGAAGAAGAAAAUACUGUACAAUUUUUUGAAAUACAAGGCUGUUAACCAAGGGAAAAUUGAGCUCAGAUCUCUCAAGUUUUAUAAGACAAUCACCAAGCUACAGACAAUGGUUAGAAAAUUCCUAGUUAGAAGACUUCUAAAAUACUGUAUCAUUAAUUACCAAUGGAAUAUAUACGAAAAGGAGUACCUCAAAGCGAAAGGAGCUCUUAACAGAAUUCCACAAAGUCAAGAAAAUAAGGAGUUAGAAACCCAAAUUCGAAAAAUCUAUAUCAGGGAGUAUCUCAGAUGGCAAAGGAUUAGACAUCACAAAGAUAUGAUUUUAUGGGAAAAAGAGUGUCAGGAAAUGCUCCAUAAGCAUAAUAUUGGGCUCAGCCAAGUUAAUGCUCAUAAUAUUCUUGCUGGUCUUCCUCUGGUCAACACUCAGCCGACAUAUCCACCCCCUCCUUAUUUAAAACUAUUCAUACCAGAGACUAAGUUGAGAGAAAUGGUAAAGGAAGCAUUUGAGUUUAAGCCACAAUGGGAGAACAUGGCCUUAGGGUUAGGACGCUCUCCUCUAUUAAAGAAACUCAAGAAUAUUAGAUAA